AUGCCGGCGCCCGGCCGGGGCCCCCGCGGGCCGCCGCUGACCAUGCCCGGGCGCCGGGGGGCGCUGCGCGAGCCGGCGGGCUGCGGCUCCUGCCUGGGGGCGGCGCUGGCGCUGGCGCUGCUGCUGCUGCUGCUGCCCGCCGGCUGCCCGGUGCGGGCGCAGAACGACACGGAGCCCAUCGUGCUGGAGGGCAAGUGCCUGGUGGUGUGCGACUCGAGCCCGUCGGCCGACGGCGCCGUCACCUCCUCCCUGGGCAUCUCGGUGCGCUCCGGCAGCGCCAAGGUGGCCUUCUCCGCCACGCGGAGCACCAACCACGAGCCGUCCGAGAUGAGCAACCGCACCAUGACCAUCUACUUCGACCAGGUAUUAGUAAAUAUUGGCAACCAUUUCGAUCUCGCCUCCAGUAUUUUUGUAGCACCGAGGAAAGGGAUUUAUAGCUUCAGCUUCCACGUGGUCAAAGUGUACAACAGACAAACCAUCCAGGUCAGUUUAAUGCAGAACGGCUACCCCGUGAUCUCAGCGUUUGCGGGUGACCAGGACGUUACCAGAGAAGCUGCCAGCAAUGGUGUCCUGCUGCUGAUGGAAAGAGAGGACAAAGUACAUCUCAAGCUAGAGAGAGGCAACCUCAUGGGUGGCUGGAAGUACUCCACGUUCUCGGGCUUUUUGGUGUUUCCUCUAUAAACGCAGUGGCCCCCAGGCGGCGGGCAAGUUGCCAUCUGGACCCGGGCGUCCGCCCUUCCUAGACACCCUGGACUCGCCAGAAUAGGACCACUUGUUUCCAACCUCUGUCGGACUGUCGAGGUAGAAGAAUGAUUUCUUUCCAAAUCUCCAGCAUUUUCUUUGAAUAUUGACCAUUCCUCGGGAACCUGGCUUCUAAUUAGUUUAGACGACAAGGUCUUAAGGAGACAUGAAAUGAUCGAUUUGAGCAAUUUGUACCUGUGAUUGUGAAGUCAAUAUUGGAUUUUAUUGUCGGGACCAUUGACUUUUCUUCUUUUGUUUGUACGUGGUAUCGCGGCCCCAACGCGAGGAGGGCGGCCGACCCUGGGGCCGGAUUGCAGGCCUCAGGCGGGACUCAGAGCAAGAGCCCUGCGCAUCACCACCCGCCGGAGAGUCCUCGAAAUGUGUUCUUUAUGUGUCUGUUCAGCCUUAAGAAAAAGAAUGGCUUCACUCUCAUUCUGUAUUUUUCCCCCCGGGUGGACGGGAGGCCUCGGGAGGGGGAAGGGGACAUUGUGAAUCUGUCAAGAAGUGCUUUAUCUGGAGAAGCAAAUUUUGCACGAUUGGACUGCGACUUUUGCUUUGUAUUGUGUGUGUGCGUGUGUGUGUGUGCGUGUGAGUGUGUGUGUGUGUGUGUGUGUGUGGUUUUCUGUUUUUAGUUUUUGUUUUGUUUUUCCUGGAAGAGCUUUACCUUUCUUUCCACGUUCAGCUCUCCCUCCUUACCCCUCCUUCUUCUAUGUUUCUGUGCUGGGACGGGGGAGAGAAAUGUAUGCUGAAUUCCUGAAUGAGACCAAACCAAACAAAACAAAAAACGCCGAUGUAUUUUGUUUUGGUUGAGACCAGAACAAACAGAAGGUACCUGUAGAUCAAAGUCCAAAUAACAGAUGGACCAUUCUGCUUAUCCUUUCAAAGAGAUUCUCUCAGACGCACCUUUAGAACUAACAAGCUGGAUUUUUUUUUUUUUUUUUUUUUUAACGCUCUGGAAUACUCUAAGAACUUGAUAUUCCUGGGUGGCUUUGAAUCACGUAAGAUGAGAAUGGAAGCGGUAAUGACCAAGUCUCUGAAACACACGCUUUCUCGGCCCAGCGCACCUGGGUCUGCCCAGCAGCCUGUUGUCAUCUAUUUGCACCCGUGUCUGCGAGAGCACACCAGGCUCAGGUGCUUCAAAGCCAACAGGACCAGCUACUCUCCCUCAGGAUCCUCCUCUGAUCUGCCAAGGAAAGAGGUGUGUUGAUGCUCCCUGCGAACACCUGGCAGGAAGCCACCUGGAAGUCACAGCAGUUACAGGUAUUGGCAGAGGCACCCUGGGAGCAGUUUUCCAAAUCCUUCUUGUUUUGGCCCCUUGUACAACAAUAGUAUUACAAUACAGCUGGGAGCCGACGGGUGCAGGAUUCAUAUGCCAAGGAAAUGUUACUAAUCCCAAAGCAAUGGAAGAAGAGACCUCACAGCGGAUGUUAAUUUGUCCUUUGUGUAACAAUGUAACCAAAAUAUUGAUGAUAAAGAGUCAUAAUUUAAGAUUCAGAAUAAAUGGGUUUGAUGUCUGGCUUGCUCUUCUCCCUUCACAUCGUCUCCCAACUCCUCCAGUGUGUGGAAGUAAAGGCCACGGAUCAAGGACUCGGGGAAAGGAAGCCCACACUGUGCCUCUUUAAAACACACACUCAAAUGCACACCCCCAUAUGCAGAUCUAGCUGUGGGUCUCCAUGGAAAUUGCACACUUAGAUACCUUUCAAUCUAUAUCUGUAUUUUUCACAUGAAAAGAUUUCAGGGGGAGAUAUGUGAAAAAAGACAGUAUUCAAAAGGCUUUAUGGAUAGGCGAUCUGCUUUCAUCACAUACAAUCAUUGAUGUACAAGUUCCAAUCCAAUAUUUCAAUCAGAGAACAUGGAUAUAAAGGAAACUGACAUUUCAAUACAGCAUCAAGUGUUUCUAAGAUACAUGUGAGCAUGGGGAAGCAUUGGGUUCCAUUUCCAAAUAAAUGCAGUGGGGAUUAUAAGAGUGAAAAUAAUAUAGUUUGAUGAAAAGUCUAAGUUUUUAAUGGCCGUAAGUGGACAGCGUAAUACGAUACAGAAUUGAAUUUGAAUUAAAAUGAUACUAUAUUUUGUUAGGAAAAAAAAAUCAAGAAAUAUCAGCCAAAAAGCAUUUGGGUAUAUUGGCUCUGUGAUUAGGUGACACACUUCUGAGCGUGAGCGUUGUUUAUUAAUGCCGAUAAUGCAAACAGGACGCUAGUGAAUAUUUUCCUUCUGUGUUUUACUGCUCUCAGUGAAUUAGCCCUCUGCCCCUCCUUUAUAAAACCUUCCGUUUGAUUUCAGACAAGCAGCAAACUUCAUUAGGGGAACAAUACCGCACUUCAGAGACUGAAAAAAAAAUAUAUGCGUAUGUGCUAUUUUUACCGCUUACUAAUAUGUAAUGCACAUAUUUGUAUUUACAGCUUUACCAUGUCCAGGUUGUUAUUUGGUUAUGCCGUCUAAUAAAUAAGUUAUUAAAUUCAUCAUUCUAAAAAUAAGCAUAUUUCAGGAGUUUCUUUUAUAUUAGGAAAAAAACUUAAUCCUGUUUAUUCCACUCCUGCCUUUAUUUGUUUGUUUGUUUGUUUGUUUAUUUCUAUCUUGAGCUGGAUGCCAAACCCUACAUUAGGGAGAAGCCACAAUAGUAGUUCUUCUGAAGCUCUUUGCUGUCCACCCUCGCAGCUGCCUAAAUUCUGUCUGGUUUAAGGAUCUUUGAGGGAGAUGAAGCUCUUGUGUGUGGUCUGCGGAAAUAUGUAGGUCAGAUCAAAAUGUGAAAUAUAUUUUCCUUUAUUUGGGGAGGGAAAGUGACAUGUGCACUGUGUGCAGUCUGAUUUGAGCAUCCGUACCUCUGGGCUUCUGCUUCCCAUCUGUGGGGUGAGGGCAGUAGCCCCCAUAUUUCCUGCCCAACUCACAAAGCAAUGGUGAGAGUGCUCUGGGAAGCAAGGCACUGUGAUCUGUGCUCUGAGAAGUGCAAGGCACUGUGAUCACGGGAGACAUUAUGUGGCAGGAAGGGUGUUUCUGGAAAGUCGGAUUGUUCCAUGUGCGAUUUAUUAAACGUACCUAAAACGAACAUCUGACAAGAGAACACUUUUAUGUGACACUAAAUUUCCAUAUUCCCCACUAGCUUAUUAAAGCUGUACCACUCUGGAAGUUUAAUUCGAGUUUUAAGAAUGAUGAUAAUAUGAACAUGUCAAAAUCUAUACAUUUUCCUAUUACCUCAAUUCUUGAUUAUGUUCUUUGACUGACCUACGUGGCUGAGGCCUAGCUUUCUGUUCCAGUCUGUGAUACCAGUAUUUUAGAAAAAUAUACAACUAUAGUGUUUUUAACACAAAGAAAAACUCAGUUAUCAAUAUUUUGGCAUUGUAAUAGUAAGUCGGUCUAGCCACUAAAUGUUAAUCCUGCUAAGCUGCAAGUGCUUUUAAAAUAACACUAUUUUUUAACUAAAAUAUAUUCUAAUUUGAAACACAACACUGCUUCUACUCUAGGUCCUGACAACCUGCAUUUACUAUCUGUAGUUCCUGAGUCCUUUUCGCAUUCUAAUAUUUUUUUAUUUAUAUACUCUUGUAUAGUGAAGUUAUUUACAUUUUUAAAGUUUGUGAUUACCAUGGCCGCUUGGAGCAAAGGAGAGAAAAGUCUUUUGGAUAUUGACAUGAACACUCAUGGGAUCUUGUAGAGAUUACAUACUUACUUGUUUGGAAAAAAAAUGUUUUUGACCAAAACCUAGGGAUAUCAAGCCUCAGAAGAGUUAGAAAAGACUUUUGCUGAAUCUUUAAUUUUAUUUCUAUUUCCUUGCAAUCUUAUCAAGGAAAUUGAUAUCAAAUCACAUACAUGAUAACUGUUACAUAUGUAUCACUUGCCUGUAAAUACAUGAACAUACACACCUGUUUUCCUUGAUGAAUAAAAACGGAUCAUAGAUUGACUACAUUCUCCUGGACUCUGGCAAUAGUUGAGAGGAGAAUUUGUUGAAUCGCUUUAUACAAACAAAACAAAAGCAUGGUUUGCUCCAGCAUGCCUCAUAUAUAGCAAAAGGAACAAAGAAUGUUCUGUCAAUUUGUGUCCUCAUGAUUUUGCAAUCUUUUAUAAGGAAAUAAAUAUUGCAAUAA